AAAUGCCAACUUAAUUUUUUCUUUUCUCUAUGGGUAUCAACCAUUUGCUUUCUUUAAAUAGAUAGGUUCCUCAAAAAAUGGUUUGCCAAUCAAGUAUAUAAUAUUUUGGGACCUAAUCAAAGGAAUCAUUUCCAAAUUAACGAGGUGAUAUUUUUCAGAAUCAAAUUGAAAUGCUAUCGAAUUUAGCUUAUUAUUCAAUAACAAUGAUUGAAAAAAUCCUGCUUCAAUUUUGUAACCAAUUCUUCAUAGUUUAAUCUAUCCUCUUAUUUUGAAACUUGCUUGUAUUGAAAAAAUAACCCAAAUCUCCUUAGUAUGCCAUGGUUUUGACCAUGGCUGUUGUUCAAGAAAGAACCUUAGCUCUUUGCCUUAAUUUGAUGCUUGUGUUUUUCAUUGUUUCUUCAAUAGCAACUACUCUUGCAGAUCUCCAGAGGUUUGAUCAUCCAGCAAAAGAUGAUGGGUCACUUAGCUUUUUGGUUGUUGGAGACUGGGGCAGAAGAGGUUUCUAUAACCAAUCCAUUGUUGCUAGAGAGAUGGGAAAAGUUGGAGAGAAAUUGGACAUAGAUUUUGUGGUAUCUACUGGAGAUAAUUUCUAUGAGGAUGGAUUAAAGGGUAUAGGUGAUCCAGCAUUUGAGGAGUCAUUUACAAAAAUCUACACCGCUAAAAGCCUGCAAAAGCCAUGGUAUAGUGUCUUAGGGAACCAUGACUAUAGGGGUGAUACAGAGGCACAAUUAAGCCCUCACCUCAGGAACUUUGAUAGUAGAUGGAUUUGCCGCAGAUCUUUUAUUGUUAACACAGAAAUUGCAGAGUUGUUCUUUGUGGAUACGACUCCUUUUGUGGAUGAUUACUACACUGAUAAAGACCAUUCUUAUGACUGGCGAGGAGUGACUCCUAGGAGUGAUUACCUUCAUAACCUUCUUAAGGAUUUGGAAAUAGCAUUGAAGGACUCGAAUGGAAAGUGGAAAUUUGUGGUGGGUCACCAUGCAAUAAGAAGUGCAGGGCAUCAUGGUGAUACCAUAGAGCUCAAAAAGUAUCUACUCCCAAUUCUUAGGGCCAACAAUGUAGACAUGUACAUGAAUGGGCACGAUCACUGCUUAGAACACUUCAGUAGCCUCGAUAGUCCAAUCCAAUUCUUAACGAGUGGAGCCGGUUCUAAAGCAUGGAGGGGUGAUAUAAAGAAUGCUAGCCAAAAUGAGAUGAAAUUCUUCUACGAUGGACAAGGUUUCAUGUCUUUGCAGCUCACUAAUUCUGCUGAACUUGCUCAGAUUGUCUUCUAUGAUGUUUCAGGCAAUGUUUUGCACAAUUGGAGCUUCUCUAAGCUCCCCUUUUCAUCCUUUUAAUUAAAUAAUUUAAAAUCGACUACCAAUUUUGUCACCAUUUUCUUUGCUUAGUUAAUUAAUUCGUCAAUUAAAAUAUUUAAGUAUUAGUUGGGUGGAUCUGUAAAUAUCUCAUUUUUGAGCCAUCAAUUUUUGUACUGAUGUAUUUUGCUAACACAUGAUUUGCAUGUACCAUAUGAAAUCUACAGGCAUGUGAUUUCAGUUGUAUAAAUUAUUAUUAUUUUCAAAAAUUGAUUAGAAAAGAAGAAAUUAGAUAUUCUAUGUUAAACAGAAAUUAUUUUUGAUGGUUAGGUGGAGUUUUAUGUUUGACUUUGUAUUCAUUUGCAAUUAAAG